UAUAAACAUCGCUUUUCUUCAACUAUUACAAGAAUUCUAUGGAAUGAUACCAACUAUUGGAAUGUACUUAGCGGAUUCAAUUUCUAACCUGGGAAUUGCACCCAAUUAUACUCAAUCAAACAGUAACUUGUCAUCGAUUCCGGCACAAAAGAAGACUUGUUUAGAUAUAGCAUACCUGGCAAGUGACGUGCUUGGAUGGUUGUAUAGUAAAAAGUAUUUCGAUAAACAGGUGCAAGAACAGGCAAAGGAUAUAGCGAAAUAUCUCGAGAGAUCUCUGGAAAAGAUUUUAUCAGAAAGGAAGUGGUUAACCCAAGAAUCUCGAGAGAAUGCCAAGAAUAUAAUUAAGAAACUGAGUAAGAAAGUCCAUGUAGGUUCCCAACAUUCACAUCAGGCGGAAGCUAAAUUGAUUAAAAGAUAUGAAAAUCUAAAACUCUCAGACAAUUUUCUCGAAAAUGCGUUUGCUUUAAAGAAGAGACGUACACAAUUAAUAACUUCGGACAUGUUGAAGAAUGAUAUGAACCAGGUCUCAGACAUGGAUAUACAAGCUGUCUAUUAUGUGGUAGAUAAUUCAAUUCAUAUCCCCAUCGCUAUGCUGCAGCCACCAGUAUUCUAUAAAGGAGCGCCUAUGGCUCUGAAUUUUGCAGGACUGGGAACGUUAAUUGGUCAUGAAAUACUUCAUGCGUUUGAAGCUGACUUUGAAAGCUCCUAUUUUAACAAGAAAUGGUUGUCUGAUAAAUCUUACGAAAACUAUGAUGAUCUGAAAGAAGCUGUCGUUAAAAUAUAUUCCGGCUAUAGAAUUGAAAGUAUGAAUUUCACUGUUAAUGGAGAAAGAACAGCUGAAGAAAAUAUUGCUGAUAUUGGUGCUUUAAAGAUAGCGUAUGAGGCUUAUUUGCUAUGGAAAUCAGACCAUCCUGAUGCUAAGAAGACACUACCUAUACUAAAAAUGACAGAUUUACAGCUAUUUUUCAUGUCGUUUGCUCAGUCUUGGUGUUCUAAUGUAAGCCCUAAGGAAAAAUAUUUGUUCGAGAAUGCUGUACACUCUCCGAUGGAGGCAAGGGUUCAAGUUCCAUUAAUGAAUUCGAAGGAUUUUGCCGAAGCAUUCAAUUGUGAAAAAGGUUCGAACAUGAAUCCAUAUGUUAAAAGUGAAAUGUGGGCGAAAUAAAUGAAAACCGUCAUCUAGAAGUCUAUAUGUUUGUAAUAUGUUAGCAUGAAUGUAGAGGCAUAGAAAAUAUCAAUGGCAAUUUACUUAUAUAUCUCCACGAUACAAUCAUUAAUUAUCCGAACUGUUGCCAUAGUAACGAAGCUAAAUUAGGCAGAGUGAAGCCGCUUAGCAAAGAUUGACCUUAAACUCCGCUCUCAUGGAAGUGAUUUCUUCCAUUCUAUAAAAUUCUACCUUUGACUGUCUUCUUACUAAAUAUAUCUACUUCCAUGACUUUAAGUUUUAUUCUAAUUUAACUAUCGCUCUAUAUCUCUCUUCCUAUAAACUUUCUUUGACGUUAAAUCUAAUGACGGUUUUUUUUACAAAAUUGAGAACCUUCCCUUCAUCAUAUACACAUUCAUCACGUUCUUUUAACAUGUCUGUGACGAUCUGGGGGUGGCUAUAUCUUGGAAAUUCCUGGGCCCAAGUGCUUCUCUUCAUGGCAGGAUUAAUAAUCAAGAUUAUUUAAGCAUUUUAUCUGAUCUAAUUCAUCCUAUGGUUUCGAAACUCUUUCCGGAGGGAAACACAUUCGUUUAGAAUGAUAAUGCACCAAUUCACACAGCUAGAGUUGUUACCGAUUGGCACGAGGAACAUUCUAAUUAAGCUGAACCCCUUAUCUAGCCACUACAGUCACCAGAUCUCAAUAUUAUUGAACGUUUAGGGUGCAUUUUAGAAAAAGAAGUAAGGAGUCGAUAUUCUCCAAUAUCAUCACUACAAGAACUGGAGACUCUUUUUAGCUGAAGAAUUGACAAAAAUUCCUUUGAAAACAACUCAAACUUUGUGGAAUUCAAGCUGUAAUCACUGCCAAAGACGGUCCUAUCCUAUGCUAAAAUAAAUUUGUUUAAAAUUUUAA